AUGACCAGUCGCACCGAUUCCAACAGGCCCAACCUUCGGGUUACCAUUAUCGCAGCCGAUGGCCUGUAUAAGAGGGAUGUUUUCCGCUUCCCUGACCCAUUUGCUGUUGCGACCAUCAACGGCGAGCAAACCAAGACGACGACUGUCAGCAAAAGGACUCUAAACCCAUACUGGAAUGAGAGCUUUGACUUUCGCACCAAUGAAGAUGGCAUCCUCGCUGUUCAGGUCUUUGACCAAAAGAAAUUCAAGAAGAAGGACCAGGGUUUCUUGGGUGUCAUCAACAUCCGUGUUGGAGAUGUCAUUCCUGAGCUCAGUCCAGAUGCCGACGACCAGAUGCUCACACGAGACCUGAAGAAAUCAACUGAUAACCUUGUUGUCCAUGGUAAACUCAUUAUUAACCUCUCCACCAACCUCAGUGCACCAGCCCGCGGUGGCCAGGCAUCGACCGCACGACCAUCCCUCGGCACCGGCCCUUCGAACGCCUCAAACCUUUCCGCCCCUCCACCAGCAGACCGACCAGGAUCAUCAAUGUCAGGACCAAACGGUGCCGGUGGCUCGCAAGUUAAUUUAUCACACCGUCCAUCGAGCAUCAACUCCGUUAGCGGCGCCAGUGCCUCUGGCCCAGGCGCUUCUGGGCAACCCCGGCAAAGCACCCAACUUAGUCCCUUUGAAGAUGCCCAAGGACGUUUGCCCGCUGGCUGGGAACGCCGUGAAGAUAACCUGGGCCGUACAUACUACGUCGACCACAACACCCGCACGACAAGUUGGAACCGACCAACGGCAUCCGGUGCCCAGGAACAGCGGAAUGACCGAGAGGCAGCUACCCAGGUUGAGCGACAGCGACAUCAGAACCGUACUCUCCCCGAAGAGCGAACCGGCUCAAACUCACCUACACUACACGCGCAGCAGCCGCCACCAGCUGCAUCCCCAGCUACUAAUGGCGGCGCGGUGAUGCAUACCGGAGCGACGAGCCCCGGUACAGGAGAACUUCCUCCAGGCUGGGAACAAAGAUGGACACCUGAAGGCCGACCCUACUUUGUCGACCACAACACGCGAACGACCACCUGGGUCGAUCCUCGUCGCCAACAGUACAUCCGCAUGUACGGCGGCCAAAACAACGCUAAUGGACAGAUUCAGCAGCAGCCGGUCUCGCAGCUUGGCCCUCUGCCCAGUGGAUGGGAGAUGCGCCUGACGAACACUGCCAGAGUGUACUUCGUUGACCAUAACACAAAGACCACCACCUGGGACGAUCCUCGACUUCCCUCAUCCCUCGACCAGAAUGUUCCCCAAUAUAAGAGAGACUUCAGACGAAAGCUUAUCUACUUCCGCUCCCAGCCAGCAAUGCGAAUCCUCAGCGGACAGUGCCAUAUCAAGGUUCGACGCUCUCAUAUCUUUGAGGAUUCUUUUGCCGAGAUUACACGCCAGUCGGCAACAGACCUAAAGAAGCGACUUAUGAUCAAGUUCGAUGGUGAGGAUGGUUUAGAUUACGGUGGUCUUUCCCGAGAAUUCUUCUUCCUUCUCUCCCAUGAGAUGUUCAACCCCUUUUACUGUCUAUUCGAAUAUUCCGCCCACGAUAAUUACACCCUUCAGAUUAACCCUCACUCCGGCAUCAACCCGGAGCAUCUUAAUUACUUCAAGUUUAUCGGCCGUGUGGUCGGCUUGGCUAUCUUCCACAGACGAUUCUUAGACGCCUUUUUUAUUGGUGCCCUGUACAAGAUGAUGCUCGGCAAGGCGGUGUCUUUGGCGGACAUGGAGGGUGUGGAUGCCGAUUUCCAUCGUUCAUUGCAGUGGAUGCUCGAUAACGAUAUUUCAGGUGGCAUUCUGGAGCAGACUUUCUCGACAGAAGAUGAGAGGUUCGGCGUCAUGACAACCGAGGAUCUCAUUCCUGACGGCCGAAACAUUGAUGUUACCAACGAGAAUAAGAAGGAAUAUGUCGAUCUCAUGGUCAAGUGGCGUAUUGAGAAGCGUAUCGCUGAACAGUUCCAAGCUUUCAAGGAGGGUUUCCAAGAGCUCAUCCCUCAGGAUCUUAUCAACGUCUUUGAUGAGCGUGAGCUUGAGCUCCUCAUCGGAGGUAUUGCCGAGAUCGACGUGGACGACUGGAAAAAGCACACCGAUUAUCGAGGAUACACCGAGUCCGACGAGGUCGUGCAAAACUUCUGGGCUACAGUACGGUCAUGGGAUGGAGAGCAGAAGUCACGCUUAUUGCAGUUCACUACUGGUACAUCUCGAAUUCCCGUCAACGGAUUCAAGGAUCUUCAGGGCAGCGAUGGUCCUCGAAGAUUCACCAUUGAGAAAGCGGGAGAGAUUCCUAAUCUGCCCAAGGCACACACUUGUUUCAACCGACUCGACCUACCGCCUUACAAGAAUCUAGAAAUGCUUCAGCAAAAGCUUACAAUUGCUGUAGAAGAGACUAUGGGUUUCGGCCAAGAGUAA